AUGUUACGAAAUAAAGCCCCAGAGGAGGCGGCAGGGAAGGGCCGCCCUCGGUGCUCUCCAACAGCCGAGCUCCCACUCGGGACGGAACAGCGAGCAGGGGGGCGGAAAAGGUUAUUUCUGCCCGGAGGCGGGGCCGGAGGAGGUGCCCGGUGGUGGGGCCGCCCCAGCCCGCGCUGCCAGUGGAUCCGCAGCUGUGGCUCGGCAAGAGCUGGGGCGCCGGAGAGCGAUCCUACAAGUGGUUCCUCUCUGCGGCCGAGGAAUUUCGCCCACGGAGUGAAGCGGCCGGAGGAAGAGUGGGGAGUCGGGGGUGGCAGGAGAAGGACGCCGGGCUGCCGGGGGUCGGUGCGCCGGGCAGUCCCUGCAGCAGCUCAGCGGGACCGCUCCGGGGCGGGCGGCGCAGUAUGGCAUCCGCCUAACCCCAGCCAGCGCAACAGAGCCCGGGGCUACUCCUUUGCCGCCGGGAUGAGCGACAGCAGCGAGGGGAUCGUCAGCCUGCCGGUGCCCGGCCCGCCCGGCGGCGGGACCCCCUGCGAGGAGGUACUGGGCAGGAGAGCGCCCGGGGCCGACACCGGCGCCCGCAGCCUCCCGCCCGACUUGGCUGCGCCGCCGCCCGCCGCUCUCUGGGCUGAGGACGCCGCCGCCGCCUCCUGCCCGAGCACCGCGGCGCGGGCCAAGGGUGGCGGCCGCCGGACCGCGGUCACCUACGUGAUCAACGAGGCGAGCCAGGGGCCGCUGCUGGCGGCGGAGAGCGGCGCCCUGCAGAGCCUGCGGGAGGCGUGCGAGGCGGUGGGCGCCGCGCUGGAGACCCUGCACUUCGGCAAGCUGGACUUCGGCGAGACGGCGGUGCUGGACCGCUUCUACAACGCAGGUGAGAAGGGCUGCCCGGCCGGGGCUGAUCAUCACUCCGCGGGACCGGCUCGGCCGGGGCUCGCCGUCACCGCUCCGGGUUCACCGCGGGGCGGCGGGAGCAGCUCCGGCCGCCGGCUCCUCCGGGCGCCGAGCCCCGGUGUCCCCGGCUGCAGUGACAGCAGACGCGGCGGGAGCGUGGGGAGGUAA